AUGAGUCGUAGGGAGAAUACUGCCAGCGGUAUGCGCGACGCUUACCUCUAUCAAAACAAUACCGUCGCCAAUCGGUUCGUUCAGCAUGGGGGUCAGGUCCUGAGAAAUGGUACCGUGGUGAAGAAAACUCCUACCGGCCCUGGAGAAGGGCAAGGCCAGAGAGAAGAGAAAGACAACGAGUCUGCUGUACGCAAGCUGGAUGAAGAGUUGAAUGCCAUGACGGAUCCCGAACUUUUGUCCGAUGCCAGACAAAUUCAACGAGAGAUGAACAACGGCCACCGCUCUUACGCAUGA